AUGGAUUGUCUUUGGAUUAUCUUCAUUUUUUCUUUGAUCAGGGCAUCUCAAGGUGGUGCACGAGACUUAGCAAAUGUGGCGAAUGCAUACGGUGAGAAUAGCAGAGUAGAUGAUGAAAAUGAUUAUGUGUGGAGUACACAUCAUAACACACCAAUAAUGGGUAACAUAGCGCGUAUGACAGAAUUAAAGAAAAGACAUAACAAUAUGUUAGAAGGUAAAGCAAAAUAUAAUAGGAUAUAUUACGCAUUAUUAUCUUUUGAAGAUGCUUUUAGAGAUUACAACUCUAAUGAAGUAGAACAAAUGCUUGGAAAAUCACAAAAUAACGAAUCACUAAGAUUGUACUUCACCGAUCUAAGAAGUAAGAUGUUGAAACUUGCACGAAUAUUUCGCAAUUCGCAUAUUUUAGUGUUUAAACAAGCCAUUCGAAAAGGAAAAAAACACGAAAUAGCACGAUUAAGCACGGAAUGCGAGAAAAUUAUGAAAGAACAGCCAAGGUGCUAUUACGUACAGAAGAUGGAUGAGAUGCUGCAUGAAAUACUUCAAAUGAACAUUAAAACGGGUAAGUACGCAUUUAUACAUGAUCUUAUGCAUGUAUUCGCUCGUCUUAUCAGUACGAAGGAAUGU